GGAAACAAGCAGGCUGACAGAUGAUGUGGACAUGAAACGGGUGUAAACCUUACCCUGCUGCUGCGUUAUCAAUGUGCAGGUAAUGAAGUGCUGUAAAUAUAUAGGAAAUGGAGCGAUAAAAGAACGUUAAAUCGGGGUUGGAAGUUAACGUACGUUCUUGCGGUACCGGAUAAUAACAUUUUUUUCAGCAAAAAUGAUGACAGAAUGUAAUCCGAAUGAAAACGAAGAGCUAGACAGCCCGGAGGCAUCACAAGCACAGACCAACUUUCCUUUGCCCGAUGUCUCGUCGGUGUUGUUUGACAGGAGUCGUGUUGAACCUACUCUGGGGUUGACUUUGAAUCCAGGAGGAGCAGUUCGGAUUUCAGACUCAUGCGAAAGUGUUUUAACCGAGCUCGAAGCGGAUGGUUCUGGCGAAGAGGCACUUUUGUUACCAAGUCCGGCCGGAAAUGUAUCACCUCGAGGAGGUAAAGACAAACGCUCGAGACGUCACAGGAACAGCUCGUCUUCGGAUAAAGAACAUUUGGCUUCACCAGGAAGCAGCAGUGGGGACUUCAACCACUUCCCAGAGGAUCCUGUCUUUGCUGAGAUUGUCCAGCGGGCAGAGCAAGCCAUUGAGAAUGGUGUAUUUCCAGAGCGUAUCUCCCAGGGUUCCAGUGGGAGCUACUUUGUUAAAGAUCCCAAAGGGAAAAUUAUUGGCGUUUUCAAACCAAAGUCGGAAGAGCCUUAUGGACAUCUGAACCCCAAAUGGACCAAAUACUUUCACAAAGUGUGCUGCCCCUGCUGCUUUGGCCGCGGCUGCCUCAUCCCCAAUCAGGGCUACCUCUCGGAGGCCGCUGCAUCUCUCGUUGACCAAAAACUCGGGCUGGAGGUGGUUCCCAAAACUAAGGUUGUUAAUCUGGUCAGUGAGACGUUUCAUUAUAAUGCCAUCGACCGGGCCAAAUCGAGAGGCAAGAAGUAUGCACUUGAGAAGGUUCCCAAAGUAGGUCGGCGAUUUCACCGCAUCGGGCUACCUCCAAAGGUAGGCUCCUUCCAGCUCUUUGUGGAGGGCUACCAUGAAGCUGACUACUGGCUGAGGAAAUUCGAAGCAGACCCCCUCCCUGAAAACAUGAGGAAGCAACUUCAAUCCCAGUUUGAAAGGCUGGUGGUGUUGGAUUACGUCAUUCGAAAUACAGAUAGAGGCAACGAUAACUGGCUGAUCAAGUAUGAGAAGCCUGGAGAUGAAGCCUCUGAAAAGGACUCGGAAUGGACUUCAGUGAAAGACUCAGCCAUCAAGAUAGCCGCGAUAGACAAUGGACUGGCCUUUCCUUUCAAACACCCAGAUGAGUGGAGAGCUUACCCCUUCCACUGGGCAUGGCUGCCGCAGGCUAAAGUGCCCUUUUCACAGGAGACCAGAGACCUGGUGCUUCCACGCAUCUCAGACAUGAACUUUGUACAGGAUCUCUGUGAGGACCUGUAUGAAAUGUUCAAGACGGAUAAAGGCUUUGACAAGACCAUGUUCGAAAAACAGAUGUCCGUCAUGAGAGGACAGAUCCUGAAUCUAACCCAGGCCUUGAAGGACGGCAAAACCCCCAUUCAGCUGGUACAGAUGCCCCGUGUGGUGGUGGAGCGCAGCCGUGGAGGUAGCCAGGGGCGCGUGGUACAGCUGGGUAAUGCCUUCACUCAAACCUUCCACUGCAAGAGACCGUUUUUCUCCUCCUGGUAGAAAUAGUGUUCAUGCUGGAUGGACGAAAGAAGGCUGGGAGCAUUCCUGAGGGGAUAUAACGUGCAAGAACUGUUGAACACCUCUUUUUAUAGGUAUGCGGCGCGCUGUGUUGUUAAUAUUGUUGCCGAAGCAAUCAUCGGUGUGUUGCCUAGGUUUGCAUAUGGGGAUGUUAAUGUGAUUACUUUAGCGGGUACUUUCAGAAUGGGUCUCUCAUAAGUAUGGUGAUGGCUGUGCUUUGCUGCAGCAAAAAGUGUUCAAAGGAUGCACUUUCCUGAAACGACACUCAAGCUGCUUUCAGACUUAAACUCCUAAAGAAUACUUUGGUCAAAGUUUACUGUUCACAUAUUUGCUGUUUCACAUUUAAACCCGUUAGCAAACUUCUCCUCUCACACCUCCGGAGACCCUCAGGACUUCGGGUCAUGUCUGAAAGCAGCUUCAGAGAAUGUGUGCUGAAGUAUUUGAUAUGAUUGCCCAUGGACAUGUUUUGUGGAUGGGUUUAAGAGAAAACGACCAUUUUUGUGUGAAUGUCUAUACUUUUUUUGAGAUAUCUGGAUUCCUCUUUUUUGUCUGAGCCUCUUCCAGAUUUCUUACUCGGCAUAGUACUGUCAGUGCUUAGCAGUGGCCAUUUUGAAAGAGGCAAAGGGAAUUGUUUUUUUGUUUGUUUGUUUUUUUUUCCUUUAUUUUCUCUGCCUUGGAAGAGGUGAAAGGAAAGCAAGAUGGGUCAAAUGUUGACCUUUCUCAUUACAACUGCCAAAUUAAUUCAUAACAAGGAAGAAGAAUAGCUGUAAUGGCAAACAAAAACUUGAAGUUUAAAAAGAGAGAUGUGUAUGAAUGUAAUUGCAAGUUUACACUUUUGACUUAAGGCCUACAAACAUUUCAGUACAAGGACAAGCUGCAGAUUACGGGGUGUUUUUCAUACCUUGAAUGUAUUUGUCAAGAGACACAUUUAAGUAUAGUUAACAGUAAAACUAGCAUAGGAGUGCGUGUGCCUCCUACUUUUAAGACAACAGCUAAUCCUAAAAUCAGCGGCAAAUUAUUCCAGUGGUCGAGCAUUUCUUAAGAACAUAUGUAUGCAUCUUGGACUUUUUAUUCUUAUUCAAUGAUUGUAAAAUAAAAUUGUAUAUCAUGUCUUGAAUCAAAUAAAAUUGCUGGUUUGAA